AUGUGGAGUGGGCUGCUACCUCCUGGCCUAAAUGAAAGUGAUGUUGAGUUGAAUUCUGAAGAUGAAGACACAAUAGAGAACUCUGGACCUAACUUACAGGAAGAUGAAGAAGAUGGGACCAUUACAGAAACAGAGGGCACAGAUUUCCCUGCCGGUGGACCAGACACUGAAGCAGAGGCUAACGUAAAUGCAUAUGAAGAGUGUCCUUCUGGAGUUCCCGUACAUAUAUGGAAUAAAUUUCAAGAAUUGCAUAAAAAACAUUCUGAACAGAAAAUCUCAUCUUCAAGAUUCAGAAGGAAAAAAAGAAAACGCUCCAGAAAAGGUAAAUUGAAGAAUGAAGAAGAAUCUCCAAGUGAACAGUCCCCAAGUGAAACCCGGUUGAAGGAACUUACUCAGUAUUUUGGAGUCAAUGACAGAUUUGACCCCCCUGUUAAAAAGAAGAAAGUUGAGAAGUCAGGCCUUGAAAAGAGCAUAGACCAGGCUGUGGACGAGUGGAAUAUUGAGAAGGCCGAGGAGCUCAGCAACCAGCUAGCUACCCGAGAACUCGGUGUGAAAAUUGCCAAAGCGAUUGCCUGCGAUAACUUUGUAAAAGCCAAAAAGGAAGUUGAAAAUUCACAGGCUGCUCGCAAGAAGAAGAAACUUGCGUGGGGAUUUGAAGCAAAGAAGAGAUGGGAAACCAAAAGCAACAUGGGCUACAUGUAA